AUGUUUGUGACCGGGAGCAUUGUGGGCCUCGUGGCCAUAUGGGCGUUUCGGCUCGAGUCGUUGAAGCUUCCGGCAUGGCUCGGGCCGCCGCACGGAAGGCGCAGGCGCACCGGCGCAGCGGCGCAGAGAAGGGCAGGCUUUUUUAGCCUCUUGAAAGCCACGGUGACGCGGGCUGAGGUGAGCGGCGCUCAGUGGAAAGUCAAGGACGAGGCCAGGCGAAGCGCUUUUGAGACGAAAGCCGAGCCGCGAUCAGAGCAGCGGCAGCGUGUCCAGGAGGAUCGAUGUGUGGGCCUCAUAACCGAAUGGCGUGGCUACAUGGGUUGGAUCGCGCCGAUCGCACCUUUUUCCAUUGACCACGACCAGGCGGUGGUCGUGCGAGUGAUGGGCGGCAGAGAGCAGUGCAGCACGCUUCUGGAGGCCUCCAAGCACUGGGGCUUGAUCUACGUCACCAAGCAAGACCUGGCGGUCGCAUCUGGCGCCCAGCUGCCAUGGAUGCGGGCAGGGCGCGUCGUGGACUUUCUCGUCUACUCAGACGGGGAUGGCCUGGGCGCAGAGGAUGUGCGGGCUCUUUCUCCGCUGCGGGUGACGUUGACCCACGCCGAGGCACGGACGCUCUUGAAGGGCCGCCCGGAGCGGUCCGAGUACCUCACAGACUCUGAGCAGUACCCGAAGUUGAUGCAGGACUUAGGUGUCCUGGUCAGAAAAUACUCCUGGCCUCUGCCCUUUGUUACCCUGGAGCUCUGGGGGCUCGUGGAGGAUGUAGCAGCAGCGGCUCUUCACUACUGCAGUUCCGCAGGUGGGGCAGAGCACCGGCGGCUGCAACUCCUGCUGCCCGAGGACAAGAUCGCUCAGGUGGAGCACCUGCCCUUCGGGAACCCGAAGGUUUCCACCCACGCGGUGGUGCAGACGCCGGUGCCCUGCAGAAGUUUGGUGAUGGAGUCCUCCGCCGAGGACUGCCGCAAGGCCGUGGUGGCCUUCCUGCGUGCCAUGGAGGGAAGGCCCUAA